UCAAGCUCAGCAUGACUGGUUCGAGGGUCAACCUGCUUUCUCUGGACUCUGCACUUGGAAGUGUGUAAAUACCCUGUUGCUGCUCAGACCCUGCACACUGAAGCCAUCGAGCUGCCGCCGCCAUGACCACCUUUGACGACAUCCUGGAAGAAGCCGGCAAAUUCGGCUGGUUCCAGAAGCGCAUCUUCUCCAUGAUGUGUCUCGUCUCAGUGCCCUUCGCUGGAGUUUAUGUGGGCAUCGUGUUUCUGGGCUUCACCCCUGAGCACUGGUGCCGUAACCCCGGGGUGAAGCAGGGUCAGAUGCAUUGUGGCUGGAGCUUAGAGAAGGCACUCAGGCUCACAGUGCCUUUUCAGAACACAUCUGCUGGAGUAGUGCGCAGUCAGUGUGAGAGGUUUGACGUGGAGUGGAACAUCACUGAUCUCAGCUGCGAUGACCCGGACAGUGAGAUCGCUGAGGGAAGGAGUGCUGCGCUGCCCACGAGUGCCUGCAAGGAUGGCUGGGACUAUGAUUACGAGGGAAGAGAGUCUUUCGUCACUGAGUUUAAUAUGGUGUGCGAGGAUGCUUGGUUAUUAGACAUGUGCCAGGCAUCGCUCUCUGUUGGCUUUUUAGUAGGCAGCAUUGCCAUCGGAUACCUCGCCGACAGGUUUGGUCGAAAAUCAACUUUCCUGAUGUCCUGUGUUCUGAAUACAGUUACAGGAAUUCUAGUGGCAGUAUCUCCUAAUUACAUCUCCCUGCUGGUGUUCAGAGCGCUGUAUGGGUUUGGGUCUAAGGGCGGCUGGAUGGUAGCAUUUGUUCUGAUUACAGAGCUGGUGGGCGUGGAGUACCGGAGGCCAGUAGCUGUGUUCAUUCAGAUGUUCUUCAGCAUCGGUAUCCUCAUCCUGCCCCUCAUGGCCUACCUCAUCACUAACUGGCGCUGGCUGCAGGUGGCCAUCACAGCUCCAUACCUCUGCUUCCUGGCUUACUAUUGGUUUAUUCCUGAGUCACCGAGGUGGCUUAUCUCCCAGAACAACUCCAGUAGAGCUGUGGAGAUCACAAAGAAAAUGGCCAAAGUGAACAAGAAGACGCUCUCCAAAAACAUUGAGACACUUAAAGACGAUAGCAUAGACACUGCUGUUGCCUCGUUCAUGGACUUGAUCCGGACCCCCAAGAUGAGAAGGAACACAUUCAUCCUCAGCUACAACUGGUUCACUAGUGCUGUGGUGUAUCAGGGCCUGAUCAUGCGUCUGGGGAUCCUGGGUGGAAAUGUCUACAUUGACUUCCUCAUCUCAGGCAUAGUGGAAUUCCCCGCUGCCAUCCUCAUCCUCUUCACAAUUGACCGUAUCGGUCGACGGCUGCCGUUUGCAGCAGCCAACAUUGUCUCCGGAGCCGCCUGCCUUAUAACGGCUUUCAUUCCAGAGAGUCUGUUCUGGUUAAAAACAGCUGUGGCUUGCAUUGGGAGACUGGGAAUCACUAUGGCUUUUGAAAUGGUGGUGUUUGUAAACACUGAAUUGUACCCGACCUUCAUCAGGAACUUGGGUUUUUCUGUGUGCUCCACUUUAUGUGAUAUCGGAGGGAUUGUAGCCCCGUUCCUGCUUUACAGACUUGCAGUCAUCUGGCUGGAGCUACCGCUUAUCAUUUUUGGAAUCCUGGCAGUGGUUGCUGGUGGUUUGGUGCUGCUGCUUCCUGAGACCAAAGGCGCACCCCUUCCAGAGACCAUCGAUGACAUUGAACACCCGCACAGAAAUAAAGAGGACACGGUGAAAAGUCAUCAGCUGGAGAAUCUACUGAAUCCAGAUGUGACAAAUAAUAAAGAAACUACGACAGUCUGAGUGGAACAUUAGCAAGUCUCCUUAAAAACUUGAAUUUACACAAACUCAGGAGCGAAUCUUAGGAUACACUGUUUUUUCCGACUAACAGGAAUUUCAUGAACACCAGGUUUCUUGUGUAAACACUCCUGCAAGUGAUUUACAAAUAAAUUCAUUCACAUCCAGUUUGACAA